AUGCGGACAUCGUACCUGAAUGGGGGUGAAGUUUCUAAAGGACGAGCGGCGCUCUCGCUCUUAUCACUUCGGCUGCCACUCUGCUCUUCUGCUCCUGCAGCUUUCUAUCUGGGUGCACGUUUUUUCGUAUGCUCUCCAGUUAAACAUUUUCUUCCGGUACCGAAGAACGUUCCGGCAAUCUCGGAAAAACUCGGGAAAGGACACAAAGCGUGCUGCGUGACUGUGGGGUGUGUCAACACGGGGAGCAACGCAAGGGCGAUAUUUUUUUCGUUUCCCAGCAUACGUGAGGGAGCGGAUGUAGAACUGCUACCGCCUCUGCUCGGACCACUUCAGAAAAAAGGGGCCUACGCCGACCUUGCUGAAACGAGCCUGUUAUUUUCCGCUGUGUCGACCGUUGGAGUGGAAGAGCAGUCCCUGAUCGAUGAAGAUUCCUGCCAAAGCCCCGUUCUCCGUGCUUACCUGUUGCCUGGACCAUCUGGCCUUGUUGCAGAUGGCUGUGGUGAGGUGCGUUUGGCGUCUCCUGAAGCAUUCCGCCAGAAAAGAACACGUAGGUUCUACACCGCCGCAGUGAUGCCCAAAACGGAAAAUAUACCUACAUACCAGAGACAGCAGGCGUCAUCAAGCGACUGACGGAUUAUACACAACUGGUAUCUGAAUAAAAG